GUGCCCCGCGCCCGUGGAACAGUGUCGGUGGCUGCUGGCAGCGUGUAGGCGCCCUAACAUAACUGGCCACCGCCAACAUUAGCGGAUUUGGCAGCAGCAAAGUGCUUCCACUUUCAGCCAUAUAUGACGCAGUGAAGACAUAUGCUGCGCAAACACUCAACAAAGAGGGCUCGUUGCUCGGAAAAAACAACAACAAAGACCGAGACAAUUUUUCCAGAAGAGGACUCAGCUUCAAAUUGAAUUAGCUUGAGUUGUGGAAAAGCUUUUCUAUCAAUACUAGGUGCAGCUCAAGGCUAUAAUACAAAUAGCCUGCAAUGCUGUGUUAGAAAUUUAAGUGGAUGCAAGCAUAGUCUUGAAUCAGCGUGAUGGACUAUUUGAGGAACGUGAUCGACACCCUCCAAGAUCCAUACUUGGUGUCAAGAUUUCAACGUUACUUCGGUAUUAGAGAGACAUCUUAUCCUGAAGCUCCAAAGUUUUAUCAGAGAAACGGCAGAUCAUAUGCCCGUGACUUAAGCCCAGUCAGUCACGGACAGGAUGAGUAUGUGGAGACGACCACCUUGAAUGAUGAACAGUCGUCAGGCGCAGCUGUGAAGCGAUUUGUUGAAAACAGCAGCACACAUGGAAAUCAAGGGAGUGAUGAUGAAACCUCUGGGUCCGAUUCAGCAGGCUCAGGAAAGUCCAAAAUCAAGGCUUUGCUGUUUCAGAGCAUGACAGCAGAAGGAGAGUACACAGACUCUGAUGGAGAGACAAGAGAUUUUAUAGUCACAAAGCCAUUUUGGCAUGCAUUGUUUGUAUUUGGAAGUGCUCUUGGUGAUGAACUAUUUUAUGCAACAUUUUUCCCAUUGUGGUUUUGGAAUAUUGAUGGAGCUGUUGGAAGAAGAGCAGUUCUAGUGUGGUAUGGCAUCAUGUAUAUAGGGCAGGCCAUGAAGGACGUCCUGAAGAUACCACGUCCAGCGUGUCCUCCAGUAAUACGGGUGCAGAAGAAGUGGGCUCUGGAGUAUGGAUUUCCCUCUACACAUUCCAUGAUUGGGAUUGCAAUGCCAGCUGCACUCUCAAUAUUUACCAUUGAGCGCUAUCAAUACCCGGUGAUCCUGGCCGUGAUCCCGGCGCUCUUCUGGUGUCUCAGCGUGUGCGGAAGCCGACUCUACCUGGGCAUGCACUCGGUGCUGGACGUGCUGGCGGGUCUGUUUCUGGGCGUGCUGGUGCUCUGUUGUCUGAUCCUGCCCUACAUCGAUGCUGUCGACGAGUAUCUGGUGACCAACACCUACUCUCCGAUCGCGCUGAGCGCGGUUAUCGCGCUCUCGGUGCUGCUGUACCCGGCGGGCAACACGUGGACACCAGCCAGGGGCGACACGGUGAUCAUCUGCGCCGUGGUUCUGGGCAUCUACAGCGGCGCCUGGAUGAACUACAGCAAGCACCUGAUCAGCGCGGCCAGCUCGGCGCCGCCCUACGCCAUCAUCUGGCCGACGUACGAGAUGUGGGGCCAGGUACUGGCGCGCAGCUCGAUCGGACUCUGCUCGGUGCUGGCCACGCGGGCCAUCUUCCGCAGUCUCUCGUACGCCACUGUGUGCGCCCUGCUGCGGCUCAACCAGCAGGAUGUGACGCUGCGCCGCGCCAACGUCAGCCCGCGCCAGUUCGUCAUCGUCGAGCUCAGCUACAAGUUCAUGACGUACGCGGCGGUCGGGUUUGACAUCAUCUACACGGCGCCGCUGGUGUUCCGGCUGAUCGGCAUCGAGCGGCCAGAGUUCUACACGGAGGUGUAGCCACGCCGGGCUGGUUACACGCGGUUGGCGUCCGCAGAGUGCAGGAAAGAGGGCGCGCGGCGUGAUGGACGCGGAUCUAGUGAAGGGCACGGUUGUCGCCAUGACACGUCGGCACUGCUCACGGGUACAGUGCCUGGUUUGGUCAGCUGUGGACGCAUCCAGAACUCGUGGCAAUGCCCAAAGAGACACUUUGCGAUGGACGGAUAUGCACAGCACAUAGUUGCAGCCUGCGGGCUUUAUGGGCCGCCGCGCGCCACCGCUGUCGCUCAACGUGCACUAAUCAUUUAGUGAAAAUUAUCCUGCAUGCUCAUGUUUAAAUAUGUAUAAGUUAAAUUUAAACUAUGAAUCGCCUCUUCAAUCCGUAUUUCUUCUCACGAACGGGUGCGUGUGUUUAUGUGUGUAUGUGUGCGUGUGUGCGCACCAGUUGAGACCAACCGUGAUUGCUGGCGUACCGGGUCCGGUCUCCAAUCACGCAGUAACGAUGACACCGCAGCCUGCAGGGCGGCGCGGGUGUGCACCCAACUGACAGGGACAGCACGCGCUGCCCGCAGGGCUCUUCAUUCUACAAUCUGUAUCUCGUCAUACUAUCGAUAAUUCCAAUGGCGGGCACCAUCUGCGCCUUUAUUCACCACAUUUACGCACGGUCACCAAACGCCUAUAUCCGUCGUGCAGUGUGGUGUGUGGCUGCAGCUGUUUGCCGUUUUGUCCGAGUUCCUGUGAUGGCCAAUGUUUCCAGUGCAAUCAAGACGUGGAAUACACGCUGUUUGGGAUGGA